UGCUUAAUUAUAUCCUACCGUUUGAUGGUCUUCAUUCUAUGCUCUGACCUUUUUUCUGUCCAGAGUGUGGUGUUGUAACUGUAACUGUAACUGUACCUCAGAGCAGCAGAGAAUGACGGUAGCUCGCUUGGCACGUUGCAAGAUUCUCCCCUCACAUUUGCCUCGCAUGCACCUCCCCUCUGCCCAUCGCCAGAUGAGUAUUGCCGCUGGGCUUAAAAAUUCUAGUAUAUUCCGAAGCCAGGGUCUAAUAGGAGGAAAAUGGAUCGGCGCCCAUGAUGGCAAAACUAUUCAGGUUAACAAUCCUGCAACUGGGGAAAUUAUAGCAGAUGUUCCCUUCAUGGGUAGACGGGAGACAAACGAUGCUAUUUCUUCUGCAUAUAAUGCCUUCAAUUCUUGGAGUAAGCAAACUGCUGCUGAGAGGAGCAAAUGUCUUAGAAAAUGGUAUGAUCUUAUAAUGUCCCACAAGGAAGAGCUUGGGCAACUAAUAACUUUAGAGCAAGGAAAACCUUUAAAAGAAGCCCUGGGUGAGGUUAGUUAUGGGGCCAGUUUUAUUGAAUUCUUUGCGGAGGAGGCCAAGCGGGUGUAUGGAGAUAUAAUUCCAGCUACACUAGCUGAUCGUCGUUUGUUUGUUCUAAAGCAGCCUGUUGGUGUUGUUGGUGCAAUUACACCCUGGAACUUUCCCUUAGCAAUGAUCACUAGAAAGGUUGGCCCUGCCCUUGCUUGUGGCUGUACAGUGGUUGUAAAACCAUCUGAACUUACUCCCCUCACAGCUUUAGCAGCAGCUGAACUUGCCCUUCAAGCAGGAAUUCCACCGGGUGUUCUGAAUGUGGUUAUGGGGAAUGCUCCUGAUAUCGGUGAUGCUUUACUUGCUAGUCCACAGGUAAGAAAGAUCACAUUUACAGGCUCGACAGCGGUUGGGAAGAAGUUGAUGGCAGGUGCUGCAGGGACUGUUAAAAGGAUAUCGCUUGAACUUGGUGGUAAUGCCCCAUGCAUAGUCUUUGAUGAUGCAGACCUGGAUGUUGCAGUGAAAGGAGCGCUUGCAGCAAAAUUUCGUAAUAGCGGACAGACUUGUGUUUGUGCAAACAGAAUAAUUGUGCAAGAAGGUAUUUAUGAGAAGUUUGCCGAGGCUUUUUCAAAAGCUGUCCAGAAUCUCCAAGUUGGGGAUGGCUUCAGUGAAGGUGUGGUUCAGGGUCCACUAAUUAAUGAAGCUGCAGUGCAAAAGGUUGAAUCAUAUAUUCAAGAUGCUAUAUCAAAGGGAGCAAAAGUCCUUCUUGGGGGUAAAAGACAUAGCCUUGGAAUGACUUUCUAUGAGCCCACAGUUGUUACUGAUGUCAAAAGUGAGAUGCUUUUAGCAAGAGAGGAAGUAUUUGGACCUGUGGCACCUCUUUUGCAGUUCAAAACUGAGGAAGAAGCUAUCCGCAUUGCAAAUGACACCAAUUCAGGUUUAGCUGCUUACAUAUUUACAAACAAUGUUCAACGUACAUGGCGUGUCUUAGAAGCACUCGAAUAUGGGCUUGUUGGUGUUAACGAAGGAAUCAUUUCGACUGAGGUGGCUCCAUUUGGUGGUGUCAAACAGUCUGGUCUUGGACGAGAAGGUUCCAAGUAUGGGAUAGAUGAAUAUCUUGAACUCAAAUAUGUGUGCUUGGGAGAUAUGAACAGAAAAUGAAGGGCAAGGUAUCUUCUUAGAUCCUUGGUUAUGAUAGAAGAUUGGAACUGUGAACUGUCAAAUAUCUUGUAGUUUACAGUGCUAAAGUGUCUGUUUGCUCAAUUUAGGUAACCUUUGAUGCUGUUAACUAAUAGUUGAAAAGUAACUUGAUGGAGAGUGUUGUGCAGUCUCAAGCGUUUAUAGAUAAUUUUGUUACCAUUACUGCCUAAAUAAAUGUGAAAGAACCAGUAAACAAAGAUUGUUGAAAGAUGAUUUUCUUACCAUUACCGUGUCUAAAUAAAUGUGAACAAACCGGUAAAUGGACGAUUAUCAUGCUUGUUAGUUUGGUGGUAGACUCUUUUUGAAGUACCAUUUCAGUUUGUGUGGUGGCAUGGAUUCUUGUCUCAUGGAAUCUUCCAACUAGUUACUGAUUUAUAGAAGCUUCCUGAUAUA